AUAAUACAUUCAUCUCCAAGCCCAACCUCUUCCGCAUAAAAAUCAGCCAUGCCUUGGUUCCUCGGUGAACGAAGAGGUCCCCAAUGGAAGCAGGGAUGGAGAGCUCAGACUCUCAACUCUCUCUCUCUCCCGCCGGCACCUCUCGUCGCAAUCUUCGCCAUCGUCUUGCUAUUCCUCUCGCUGCCUUCCUCAUCGAGGAAGGGAUAUAGGGAGAGGGUGGAGCGCGCAGAGGUGGGGCUUCGGCUGCUUCUGCUACUCGUGCCGCUGAUGCUUGUAUUUGCGGCGAAGUUGUUAGUUGUGGAUGGGAGGUUGGUGCUACGGCCAAGGGUGCUAAGGGAGGAGCAGGAAGGGAUACAUAGGGGAGGAAGCUCGCCGUGGGUGAUGGCGGCGCUGGUGGUUUUCCUGCUUGUUUUGGUUUCCUUUCAUUCUUCGUUUGAGUCGCAGUGGUUCAGGCCUCUGUGGCGGUGAUUUUAGAGAGAAAUAAUUGGGUCAGGUCACGCAAUGUGUUCGAAGUCCAAUAAAAAUGUGCCACAUUACUUACUAUUCGAUAUUAAGCAAUACCAAUCAGUACCGAGCUUAGUACCAAGCUCAGUACUGCUCGGUACUCAAUACCUCACAGUACCGAACUCAAUAAUGCUCAGUAUUGUAAAUACCGAACGUAAGAUGUUUUCGAUAACCUGACCCAAUAAUUAAACAAAGGGCCAUUUGGAGGUUGUGUUGUAUACUUGUAUGUAGAGGAAGGUGCGUGU